UUAAUAAUAAGAUACCUUACCUUACAUUACAUUACAGCGCUAACAUGGAAGAACCUCUCUCUCUCCUCCUCUUCUUUCUCUCUCUCUAACUUCUUCUACAAUCAAUUUCCAUUUUUAAUUAUUCUUUUUCCAAUUUCAAAUCCCUAAUUUUUAGGAAACCCUAAAAAUUCAAUCACAACUGUCGAUCUCUCUCCUCUAAUUUUGUUUAUUCUUUCUACACAUUUUUGUUCAUUCGAUUCAUUUGUUUGAUCGUGUUAAUCGAUUGAUUUUUGGUUUUUUUUUUUGGUUCGAUUAAUUUGAUUUGAUUUGAUAUUAUUGAUGAAGCGGUUUCGAAGAUGGCAGAGGAUCUUCAUCCUCUUUUUUCUCUCUCUUUCUGUAUUUGCUCCUCUUGUUCUAGUCUCCAUUCGACUGAAAACUCUUACUUCGGAAGGAAGUAGCAAUUUCGUUGAAGAUUUACCUAGUAUUAUGCAGCAAUAUAAGGUAGAUGCGUUACAACUAAAUGCAGUUAAACAGGAAGCAAAGGAGGGUGUGAAAGAGCCUAAACAAGAAGUUUAUAGAGAUCAGAAUUACUCAGUAGUUAAUUUUAAUCAGAAUCAGGGUGGGGAUUCAACGGUGCAGAGUUCGAGGGCGAGUGACGGCAAGGUGGCAGAGUCUGGAUCACAACGUCGGGGAACUCAGCAACUUGUUGGGGAAGAAGUCAAGCCAAUUCAACUCAGGGAAGAACUCGUAACGAAAACUAACGAGGUUCACUCAAAUCAAAUGUCUAGUCAACAUGAUCAUGGAGUUCGGGCCCCUCCACGUCCUGAUACGCGGAAAGCUACAGAUGAGAAGGUGAAGCAAAUGAAAGAUCAGGUGAUUAGGGCCAGGGCAUACUUGAGUUUUGCUACGGCUGCAAGCAAUACUCAUUUAGUGAAAGAGUUGAAGUUACGUAUAAAAGAAGUUGAACGGGCAAUGGGGGAAGCCAGAAAAGAUUCAGAAUUAUCAAGAAGCCGUCUGCAGAAAAUUAAAUCUAUGGAGAACACCUUGUCAAAAGCAAAUCAUGUAUUUCCAGAUUGCUCAAACAUGGUUAAUAAGCUCCGUGCAAUGACACACAGUGCUGAAGAACAAGUCCAGUCGCAGAGGAAACAGACAACAUUUCUUACAGAGCUUGCGGGAAGAACAACUCCAAAAGGCCUGCAUUGUCUUUCUAUGCGGCUCACUACAGAUUACUUUAUGUUGCAGUCUGAAAAACAGAAGCUUCCUAAGCAACACAAUGUUUACAACCCUGAUCUUCAUCAUUAUGUUACCUUCUCUGACAAUGUCUUGGCUGCUGCAGCGGUUGUGAACUCCACAGUGUCCAAUGCCAUGGAACCGGAGAGAGUUGUCUUUCAUGUGUUGACAGAUUCUCUGAAUUUUCCUGCCUUCUCCAUGUGGUUUUUGUUAAAUCCUCCUGGAAAAGCCACUGUCCAGGUCCUAAAUAUGCAAGAUUUUCAGUGGUGGCAGGAAUAUGAAUCAUCACACGAGAAGCAAGGUUCCCGUGAUCCAAGAUAUUCGUCUCUACUUAAUCACCUACGCUUUUACCUUCCUGAAAUUUUCCCACUGCUAGAUAAAAUAGUAUUUCUCGACCAUGAUGUGGUGGUUCAAAGAGAUUUAAGUGGUCUCUGGACCAUUGAUAUGAAGGGAAAAGUUAAUGGUGCUGUAGAGACAUGUCAAGAAGACAAGUCUUCGUUCAGGCGGAUGGCGAUGUUCAUCAAUUUUUCAGAUCCUCUGGUGGCUAGGAAGUUUGAUGCCAAUGCAUGUACAUGGGCUUUUGGGGUGAAUUUGUUUGAUCUCAGACAGUGGAGACACCAUGAUUUGACCUCAAGCUACCGUAGAUUCCUUCAAGAGGGCAAUGGAAGGCCUCUUUGGAAGGCAGGAAGUCUACCUUUAGGUUGGGUCACUUUCUAUAAUCAGACUGUGGCUUUGGACCAAAGAUGGCAUCUUUUGGGGCUAGGAUUUGAUUCGGCAUUGAGGUUAGAGGACAUUGAACAGGCAGCAGUUCUACAUUAUGAUGGAAUCAUGAAACCUUGGUUGGAUAUUGGGAUAAAGAAGUUCAAAGGAUACUGGAACAAAUUCGCGAAUUAUGAUCAUCCCUACGUGCAACAAUGUAAUCUUCAUGGGUAAUAUGAUUUAGUUGAGACUGGAAAUUGGCUCACACGCUCUUCAAGACCCCAUGAAGGAAGGCUCUUCAUUCCUUGAAUACAAGGUUUGUCGGAGCUUGCAAUGAUAUCAAGGGUCGGGAUUUCGACCAACAGCGGCAACUCACAGUACAUUCUUUUGCCAAUUUUGGCUUGUUGUUAACUACUCUUCAAGUCAUACAAACAGAUACAAGAAUAGUUCAUUCUUUCAUCUAAUUAAUUCAUGUAAAUUCAGCCAAUUAUAAUUCUUUCCUUUUCCAGUAUCCUGCUCAGAGUAUUCUAGGGAGCUGAUCUGAGCCAGCUUAUAGCAAUAGUGAGCAAAAUGAGAAAUUACUUGCAGAGUUUUUUGUAAUGACAGUUGCUUUACUUGUAUAUAACUCGAUCAAGACAGCUUUAUGUACUGGUAUAUGAUAUUCUUUUUAUUUGAAUGAAA